AUGAAGGCUCGUGGCUCGAAAAAUCCUCUAGAAAACAAUAGCAAGUAUGAGAAGAUUAAGGACCUCAAUGCAGGAGCCUUCGGGUUUGUACAACUUGCAAAAGAGAAAGAAACUGGAGAAAGGGUUGCCAUCAAAUUCAUGGAGAGGGGUCACAAGAUCACCAAGUACGUGGCGCGUGAAAUCAUGAAUCACAGCCACCUCCUGCAUCCCCACAUUGUGCAAUUCAAGGAGGUGUUUUUGACGAAAGACUACCUUGCAAUUGCCAUGGAGUAUGCAGCGGGAGGAGACAUGUUCCAGUAUGUAAAGCACAGAGGUGGACUGGAGGAGGUGGAGGCACGGUGGUUCUUCCAACAGCUCAUAAUCGGCAUGGACUACUGCCAUAAGAUGGGGGUGGUGAACAGGGACAUCAAGCUGGAGAACACCUUGCUGGACGGCAGCAAGAGGCCGCUGCUUAAAAUUUGCGAUUUUGGGUACUCCAAGAACGACAAGGACAGCGUCCCAAAGUCCAAAGUUGGCACUCCAGGCUACACAGCUCCAGAGGUGAUUGCAAACAGCAGAACAUACGACGGCAAAUUGGCUGACGUGUGGAGCAGCGGCGUGAUGCUCUAUGUCAUGCUGUUCUGUGAAUACCCCUUUGAGCGGCCGGAAGACGCUGGAGACCCACACCGCUUCCAAAAGGUGUUGGAGCGGAUCCUGGCAGUGGACUACAAUUUCCCCACCAGCAUCCCUGUCAGCCCGGAGUGCAAGGAUCUGCUGGCCAAGAUCCUGGUGGCGGAUCCGGCAAAGCGAUUCACCAUCUCUGACAUCCAGCAGCACCCCUGGUACACAAAGGAUUUGCCAGCGGGCGUGACGCGGAUGAACGAUGAGUGCUUGAAGCUCAAGGACCACACAGCUGGCUACCAGACUGUGGAGGACAUCCAAAGGGUUGUCACAGAAGCCAUCGGGGCCAGUAAAACCCUCAUGAACGAGCGGCUGAUCGAUGAAGUCAUGGAUGACAACGAGUAUUACUGACCACCUGAACGGAGAUUUUGGCGCUUUUCCCCGAGCAUCAGUACUCAGUCUGAGAAGGGUCCGACAAAGACCUCAUCAGCGGUAUACUUGAGGCACAUCUGUAGCUUCAGCGGAACUGCAGUUCGGGAAUGUAUGUUGAAGGGGAUUGUUGCUCUGCUUGCUGACCACGCUGAGGGCUGAAAAAUGGUUGAAGGAAGUGAGUGGUUGCAAGCCCAUGUGUACAGUGGAAGGAAGGGUUUUGCUGCCUAGCCUUUUUGUCUUUUUCUGACUUGCUUCAGGUCUCAGGAGUCAGACAGCCGCGGAAGCUGAUCCAUCUCAGACUCGCAAUACUAAAGUUACUGGAGGUCCUUGACCGGUCCUUGCUUAUACUGCAGGUUGUUUCCUUGAGUUUUGGCAAGUAGAUUUACUCUCUGCAUAAGUUUCGGGUGGUAAUGACCGCGUCAACAUGUGCAAUGCAUUCCAUUGUGCAGCUUUCCAUUUUCCGAAUGUAAAACGGGCGAUUUGC